CUGCCCUUGAUUUUACGCUGGAUUUAAGGGGUAGUUUUGCGGGAGACGUUCACAGCCGCGACAACUUUUUCUUCUUCCCUUCGUCCCAGUGGCUCCAACGAAUGUAACCAUCUGGAGCUGGCCUUCUCAGCAGACUGACAACACUCCAGACUCGGUGGAAUCGUCCAGUGCAGCUACGAAGUACUCGCCACCAGCCAAGAAUGUCACCAUCGCUACCACAUUUGGCCCAGGUCUGGCACUGUCCGACCGCGACGCCAAGGGCCGCGAGGCUACGGCUACGAUAUCCUUUGGCUCGCCGUCUCCAUUCUCGAAGUCCAAGAGCUUCGAGUGCGAAGCCACUGGAAGCCGGCCGGCAGCAAACGUCACGUGGUUCCUGGACGGAAUUGCAAUAGACCCAUCUUUCAGUCGUAGUGUGUCCGCGGGCAACGUGACCACCAGCAUGCUCCUGCUUCCGGCAUCGGCUCAGUCGGGACAGCUCUUGGAGUGCCGGGCAAUCAACGGAAAUCUACCCGAAAGCAGAGGGGUGCUGAGCCGCUUCCUCAAGGUGGACAUGUCGCACAAAACGGAGGUUAGCAUUCGCCUCGGCGUAGGCCUCAACUCCAGCCACAUCGUCGAAGGUGCGGACGUCUACAUGGAGUGCUCGGUGCUCGCUGCUUCCAAGGUCAUCGAGGUCAUCUGGCGUCAUGAGGGAGCGCGAAUGAAGGGACUCGCUGGCGACGAUGAUCCAUCCGAUGCCUUCGUCACGUCUCGCUAUCUGGUAAUCCGAGGGUUGACCGCCGAACAGUCCGGACGGUACACUUGCACGGCCAACACCGCUGACGGCGAGAGCGUGGAGAGCGUUCCGCUGGAGCUCCGUGUCAGACACGCCCCACGUUGCGGCGUCCAUCGAGACAGGGUCCUGACGGCGAGGCCCAACGAGCAACUGAACGUGACCUGCGACGUGAGCGCUGAUCCCGGCGAAGACUUGCACUUCUUUUGGAUUGCCGAAGACGACGCCGGCAAUAGGCGUCACGUGACGCGAACAGAGGGCACCAGUAUUAGAACCCAGGACGCCCACUCAGGAGAAGGGCUUCCGAAACUCAGGAGGUCGAACCAGCUAGAAGUUCUGGUCGACGCGCACUUGUUUCACGGCACGCUGCUUUGCUGGGCGAGGAACGCCGUGGGCACGCAGCGAGAGCCUUGUGAACGAGCAUCCAGCCUGGACUGCACUGUCGGGAACUACACGGACACUUCGUUCUCGAUCACGUGUUCUUCGCGUCGACAUGGUCGCGCCUGGACUGGAGAGCACCGCGAUGCGAAAACGACCAAGACCCGACUACGCAUCGAACUGUUCGACGCGACGGCAGGAAACCGGUCGGUGCGAGCAUUCUGGGUCACGACCACCGACACCGGCAGGGAGCCGCUCUUCCUGACCGGCCUCAAACCGGCUACGGACUACCUGGUGCUGGUGAGGCUGGAUACGGAAGCGAACGCGUUCGCCACUUACGUCAGGACCCUGUUGCCGGCUCAGACCCUCAAGGAACGCGAGGAGCUAGCAUCGACACGGAACACCGCCACGCCUGCGCCCAAGGACACCACGAUCAUCGUCAUCGUCUGCGGCGCUGCGGCGGCCACGUUAGGCUUAGCCGCGGCCGUCGGAGCGGUGCUGUGGUUCAAGUAUCAUCGGAGGAGAUCGCGGCUUCUGAACGCCGCGGCAGCUCUAAAGCACGCCGAACACAAGGCGUACCUCGCUUCGGACGCUUCGUGCAGCUGA